GCCUGGACCCCGCCCCCUCCCCCCUGGCCCUCGCCACUGGUCCAGGGAGGGGACGGCGGGACAGACGGGACUGGUGGGACCGGCGGGAGGGCGGACCGGGCUGGGAUAUGGCCGCGGCGCCCGGAGGGUCUGCGCCGCCCGCCGGCCCCGGCCCGCGCCUGGGUUUCAGCACCGCGGACAGCGGCGUCGGCAUGAGCGGGCUAAACCCCGGUCCUGCCGUGCCCAUGAAGGACCACGACGCCAUCAAGCUCUUCGUGGGGCAGAUCCCGCGGGGCUUGGACGAACAGGAUCUCAAGCCGCUGUUCGAGGAAUUCGGCCGCAUCUACGAGCUGACGGUGCUGAAGGACCGGCUCACCGGCCUCCACAAAGGCUGUGCCUUCCUCACCUACUGCGCCCGGGACUCUGCUCUCAAGGCCCAGAGUGCACUGCACGAGCAGAAGACCCUGCCAGGGAUGAAUCGUCCGAUCCAAGUGAAGCCGGCUGCCAGUGAGGGUCGAGGAGAGGACCGAAAGCUGUUUGUGGGAAUGCUGGGGAAGCAGCAGGGUGAGGAGGACGUCAGGCGCCUGUUCCAGCCCUUUGGCCAUAUCGAGGAGUGCACCGUCUUGCGGAGCCCUGAUGGUACCAGUAAAGGCUGUGCCUUUGUGAAGUUCGGGAGUCAGGGGGAAGCUCAGGCAGCUAUCCAGAGUCUGCAUGGCAGCCGGACCAUGGCGGGAGCCUCGUCCAGCCUCGUGGUCAAGCUGGCGGACACCGACAGGGAGCGCGCGCUGCGGCGGAUGCAGCAGAUGGCGGGCCAGCUGGGUGCCUUCCACCCGGCACCGCUGCCUCUGGGGGCGUGUGGAGCCUACACCACCGCGAUCCUGCAGCACCAGGCGGCCCUGCUGGCGGCGGCACAGGGCCCGGGCCUAGGCCCCGUGGCCGCAGUGGCGGCCCAGAUGCAGCACGUGGCGGCCUUCAGCCUGGUAGCCGCGCCGCUGUUGCCCGCGGCAGCAGCCAGUUCCCCGCCGGGCGGCGGCCCUGGCUCGCUUCCCGGUCUGCCAGCACCCAUCGGGGUUAAUGGAUUCGGCCCCCUGACUCCCCAGACCAACGGGCAGCCGGGCUCUGACACUCUCUACAAUAACGGGCUCUCCCCUUACCCAGCCCAGAGCCCCGGCGUGGCUGACCCCCUGCAGCAGGCCUACGCUGGGAUGCACCACUACGCAGCAGCCUAUCCAUCGGCUUAUGCCCCAGUGAGCACAGCUUUUCCCCAGCAGUCUUCAGCCCUGCCCCAGCAGCAAAGAGAAGGUGAGAGACAGGGGGCUGGAGAUCAGGGCGGCGGUGGGGCUGGACUCAGGGUCCCUCCCCUGAACCAGCGUGCUGCUGUUCCUGCAGGCCCCGAAGGCUGUAACCUCUUCAUCUAUCACCUGCCUCAGGAGUUUGGUGAUGCAGAACUCAUACAAACAUUCCUGCCCUUUGGAGCUGUUGUCUCUGCCAAAGUCUUUGUGGACCGAGCCACCAACCAGAGCAAAUGUUUCGGGUUUGUUAGCUUUGACAAUCCAACCAGUGCCCAGACAGCUAUUCAGGCCAUGAAUGGCUUUCAAAUUGGCAUGAAGAGGCUCAAAGUCCAGCUAAAGAGGCCCAAGGAUGCCAAUCGGCCUUACUGAUCUUCUCUCACUGACCAGCCACAGAAAGAAACUGAAGAGUGAGAAGAAAGGAAAGGAAAAGCACAGAAAUGCUUGAGCAGCCCUUCCCGAAGGAGCAGCCAUGGAUGGAGGUGGAUCGGACCCAAGGCUGGCGCCUGGGGCUCAGGCCACGUUAAGGAUUGUUUUCAUCAAGUGGGUUGUCCUGUGCCUGUGGCAUAGAGCGCAGGCUGGCAAGGCAGCUGGGGCUGGCUGAGGAUUGACUGUCUAGGGGAACCAGCAGAGGGCCUUGGGGGUGCCAAGGGCUUCUCCGCAAGGGAAGCCCAGAUUUACUUCUUUCAAAAUCAUAUCAUUCCUUAGAGUUUAGGGACCAAAGGACUAUUGCUUUUUUUUAAAGAAUAUAUAUAUCUAUAUAAAUUAAAACAAAGAAACAAAAAAAAAACAAAAACAAAAACAAAAACAAAAACAAAACAAAAGAAAAAAACACAAGAGAAACAAAAAGACAGUAUAGAGUCUCAUACAAGCUGCCUUUAAAUAUCCCUAGGAGACAGGGUGAAGGAGACCCUUGAAAGCCUCAGCCCAGGCAGAGGGAGGCUGUGGAAAGAUUGUUCUGUGUCUCAUUCCCUCUUAAAUUGUCCCCCCCACCUUGCCUUUUUAAAAUAAUGAAGGACUUAAGGUCUAGCUCCCAUGCAGGUAACAAGGAGAGUUAUGGAAGCAGGGAAUCCAUAAUCCCCAAACUCAGAGAGCAUCUCUGAAGAGCUCCAGGAGGAGCUCUGGCCUGUCCUGACCUUUGCCACCCUGAGAGGCCCUCUAGCCAGCAGGAGUGUCCUUCUUGACGGCCUUUCCUGUGGAACCACUGCUUCCCCAGACAGGAAGAGAGGGAGUUUUAACCACCCCAGCCUUUCCCUUCCCCAUCCAGAUAGACAGAGGCCCUGCCUUUGGCUGAGCCGAGACACCUCCUGUUUCCCCUCACCUUAAGUCAGCCCCAGUGUCCCCUUGUUCCAGGCCACCUUCUGUCUCCAAGUCUAUGUUUGCCCACCUGUAAAGUAGAUUCAGGAUAUAUGUAGAGGGCUGUGACAACAGACUUGGAAGGUUUGCUACUGUAUAUACUGCCAUUGAGAAGGGGAUAAUUUUCAAUAUGUAGAAGCUUCAGAAUUUAGAGGUCCCUCUUUACCCAGGACCUGGGAGGGAAGUAGAUGUUUUGCCAAAAUACUUCUUCAUUCCUUUAAAAAGUACAUCUUUCCUAUGCAAGAGUGUCUCACAUGUGCUUAUCCAAGGUGCUUCUAGAUGGUGAGCAGUGUUCAGCUUAGAAGUGGUGUGUGCUCUGUCUGUCUGUCUUUGUCUAUCUGUUGUAUUCAGUGGGUGCCAUAUAAAGCUGAUCAACGGUGGUGCUUUCUGCCUGCUUCUGUGAGAUGGGCAAAAGAUUCAGCCUAGAACACCAUGACUCAUCUUGCCUUGGUCAGCCUGUCCUGGGCCUGCAGGGCCUUGCACAUAUUUUUCCCAGGAGGAUCAUUUCCCCUCCACCUCAUAGACAUGGGACAAACUGGUCUGGGGCCCCAGCCGUGUGGGGGGCCCUCUGAUCCCCAGAUGUGGCUGAGGCUGGAGGCCUCUGAUCUGAUAUUACAUCAGACAGGAAAGGGUAUGGGGGGGUGGGGUUGGAGGGUUCCUCCUUCAUAACAGAAUCUAAGAAAACUUGUUCCCACCUGG